GAGACGGAGGCGAAUAGAAAUGAUUGUAUAUAACAUCCAACAAACAGCACAGCAACACAAACUUUGACUUUCUCCACUCAACAUUUCGUCACAGUGGUGUGCCGGAACUGUCAAUGUGGAACCUUCAAAAUAAAUGAUACGUGGUAUGAACAGAAGUUGGAAUUUAACAAAAGAGGCCCCGUUUGCGGAUGUGGUCUGGUAAAUUGCCAAUUUUUGGAAAGCGCCAGGCAAGUGUCGCCUCAUUGCAACCUGUGCACCCGUGUUUUUGAAUCCGGGCUUUUAUUAUUGUGAUGAAUGUCAACCGGAAACGCCUUGUUUUGUGACUCCAGUAGAUGAUUGUUUUCUCCUGGGUUUCUCAGUCGGAGCAGAGAAGACGCAAGAACUGCCCGGAGUGUUGAUACCUGCCCGAUUCACCGGCGUCCACGUCGUUGUCGGCGUGUAUUCCUGGAUUCUCCUCCAUUCCCUUGAGAGUUGUUCUCGUCAUGGCUGUGAUUCGGUCGGUCUGGAGCGGAGAGGGGGAUUUAAAUUUCUCUUCUUCUGAGCGCCACUGACCGGAGAAAUCGUCCAAACGACUAGCUGUCUGGCACCAACCCGUGUUCUUCAGCACCAGUGGGUUUCAUUUGGGUUUUGAAAGGGCUUUUUUCCUGCCCUUUUCUGGGGGUGGCGGAGUGAAAGCGGCUCCCGGAGCGGGGACUGACCGCUGGAGGUGGUCCCGAAAAUGGAGGUUGUUAUCGACAAGGAAUGCAGCGCGCUCGGCGGACUCUUCCAGACUUUGAUCGGAGACAUGAAAAGCAGCUACCCAGUUUGGGAGGACUUUAUCACCAAGGCUGGCAAACUACAGUCGCAGCUCAGGGCGACAGUAGUUGCAGUGGCCGCCUUCUUGGAUGCCUUUCAGAAAGUGGCCGACCUGGCGACCAACUCACGUGGAGGGACCAGAGACAUUGGAACAGCACUCACCAGGAUGUGCAUUCGGCACCGUGGCAUCGAGGCCAAGCUCAAGGAGUUCUCCAUGUCCUUUUUAGAGGUCCUGAUCAACCCUCUUCAAGAGCAGAUGGAGGACUGGAAAAGAGGGGUCAAUACUCUGGAUAAGGAUCAUGCUAAAGAAUAUAAGAAAGCUCGCCAGGAGAUCAAGAAGAAGUCGUCAGACACAUUGAAGCUCCAGAAGAAAGCAAAGAAAGGUCGUGGUGAUAUCCAACCUCAGCUGAACAGUGCCAUGCAGGAUGUCAGCGACAAAUACAUUCUUCUGGAGGAGACUGAAAAGCAAGCCCUGAGGAAGGUUCUGAUCGAAGAGAGGCAGAGAUUCUGCUGCUUCGUCACCAUGCUGCGGCCCGUCGUGGAUGCAGAGGUUUCCAUGUUAGGAGAGGUCACCCAUCUUCAGGCCAUCUCUGAUGACCUCAAAGCCCUGACCUCUGACCCUCACAAACUUCCUCCAGCCAGCGAACAAGUCAUACUGGACCUCAAGGGUUCAGACUACAGUUGGUCCUAUCAAACCCCUCCUUCCUCCCCAAGUGCCAAUAUAUCCAGGAAGUCAAGCAUGUGCAGUAGUCUGAACAGCGUUAACAGUAGUGACUCCAGGGGAUCCAGUGGCUCUCACUCUCAUUCUCCUUCCUCCUCUUCUUCCUCCUCUUCUUCACACCACCUCUUCCACCACCAUCAACCCCGCCAUCGGUACCGCAGCUCCACGCUCCCCCAGCAGGCUCCGGCGCGCCUCUCCAGCAUCUCCUCCCACGACUCUGGCUUCAUCUCUUCUUCACACGACCAAUACACGUCAUCCAAGUCGUCCUCCCCGAUGCCAGCUGAAGCCAAGCCCUGUCCCAGUUCCAGCUCCUCUGAGGUGUCAGAGACUGGAGCGCUUUACGGCGACUGCAGCAGUGACCCGCAUGCUGCUGCACUUCAGCACAGUACUGACCAGUUGUCCAAUGGUUUCGACCACUACAGCCCGGCCAGCUCCCCCUUCUUGCACGGCAACGGGGGGAGUUUGGGCUCUGGGACUGGCACUGCCUUCCCCUUCUACCCUCCGCCCUCGUCAUCCUCCACAUCUUCCUCCUGCCCCACCCGUUCAUGGCCCCGCCCUGCCUCAGCACUCUUACCAGACUUCCCCAACUACUGUACGUUGGGCUCUCCCAUGGUGCCUUCAUCCCGAGUUCCUAGCUGGAAGGACUGGGCAAAGCCGGGGCCUUAUGACCAGCCGAUGGUCAACACACUUCGGAGGAAGAAAGACAAGGAGGCUCCAGCUGCAGGGGACAGUCACGGAGCCUUGAACGGAGUCUCCUCCUCAGACCCCAUCACAUCCUCAGCACCAGCGCCGGCUGGGCUGCAGAGCCAAGUGGAAGAGAGGAGCAGGACUGCGGCACCCAAGGCGGGUGAGAUGGAAGUCCAGGAGGAGCUGACUCUGGCCUUGUCCAAGGGUCUUGAGCUGGACAACCAGAGGUCGAGCCGGGAGUCCAUCCAGUGCUCCAGUGGCUACAGCACUCAGACAAACACGCCGUGCUGCUCUGAAGACACCAUCCCUUCUCAAGUGUCGGACUACGACUAUUUCUCCAUGGCAGGAGACCAGGAGAUUGAGAUCCAUCCGCAGCAGCCGGACUUCGAUAAGUCGUCCACCAUCCCCAGGAACAGUGACAUCGGUCAGUCGUACCGGCGGAUGUUCCACACCAAGCGCCCGGCGUCGACAGCCGGGCUGCCCAGCACACAGGCGCCUUACCCAGGACAGGGGACCUACCCCAGGGCCGCGUACCCAUCCACCCCCUGUCAGCCAGGAGCCUACCCCACCACCCCCACUGGCUCCUGCACGAGUCAAGGAUUUUAUUCUGGAUCCGGCUCUUACAAUGGCUCUGGAUCGUACCCUGUGAGCCAAGGCCCGGUAAUCGUCACCCCCGGGACUGCCACCAUCCGCCGCACCCCCUCCUCCAAGCCCUCGGCCAGACGCUCCGCCUCCCUGGUGGCCACGGGGCCCAUCCCGAUCCGCACCCCAGUCAUCCCCGUGAAGAUCCCCACGGUCCCGGACAUGCCAGUGAAAGCGGAGGAGAGGAGUUCAGUGGCGAGAGAGAAUCCAGACUUGUCCUCAUUUGACGAUCCGUCUGUGCUCCCUAUGUCGUCCUGGAGCGGGCAAGCCUCCACCAACCCCCCCUUCCCACCGUCCGCGCAGAUGGUCCAGCAGGACGAGCCUGAUGGAGGCGAUGAGGGAGAGGAUGGCAACAUGUUGGUCGCCAUCCGAAAGGGAGUCAAGCUCAAGAGGACGCUCACCAACGACCGCUCUGCUCCGCGCAUAGCAUGAUGACCCGCCGGGUCAGUGACUUUGGUGGCAGUUUGAGUCACCGAAAAGCAAAUCCUAGUUAGACAAUGACUCAUGCAGUGUCCCAGCUGUUUGUCAGCUUAACUGUCACAUGUGUGUACUGAAUCCUGAGUGGCUCUGCUGUUUAAGUCCUCCAUAUUUCUGCGGCUUUUCUGGAAGAGAACUUGAUUCAAACAACAUUGCGUCCUCCUGAUAAAUAGAUCGGCGCACACCAGAUAGAAAAUGGAGCAUAAGUUGUUCCCUGAAUCCGAACAGCCGACGAGACAACGUCCAAACUCCACUGAGGUGUGUGGUCGGCUCGUGUUCUGGAUGAGUUCCUGGACUUGGAAUCCAAGCUCGUGUGGAGAAUAAACCGUGAUGUGUUUUGGAGCUGCACAGGGACACGUGCAGCACCUUCCAGUCUCCUGGCUCCUCAUCCGUGCCGGACCGUCUUGUUGCCCGUCUCCUUGUCGAGUCCACGUGCAGAGGAUCCGCUCAGCAUAUUUCUGACGCAUUUAAUUCUGCUAUAUACAUAGUAACUCUAGAAAUAUGAAUUCAAAUGUAUAUGUUUUCUAUAUAUGUUACCACAAAAUAUGUUUAUAAAAGCGUGUUUUGAUUUUUGGUCGCUGUUGUCUGUUGAACAGCAGCUGCAUGCCACGUAUGAACCAUGUAAAGCACAUAUAUUCAGACUAUAUUUAAAGCAUCAACUCAUCUGUAUUAAAUCAACGACAUGGCAGUAUGUGUGCGUGUACAUUCAAAAGCGUCAUGAGCCUCCUCUAGUGCGUUAAAAUAGGUAGCACUGACACCAUGUCGGCAUGUAUGAAACUGUAAAUACUAGUACAGGACCUCGCAUGUGACUUUAAUUUAUUUGUUUUGAUAUGUCGUUCCGUGGAAUUUCACAAAACCUGCUCUGACCUCCAGAAGUUGACACGUACAUUCAAGAGGCUUCUAACAGUAUUAAUGUAGGUGAGGCUGUUGACCUAGAUGCUCCUGUUAGCUUUUAGAAGCUGUAAAUAAACAACAGCACACUUAGGCUACUUUUUCCAAAGACAUUGUCUUUUUGAUCUAGUUCGGACUGAAGGUUAAAUGCAAUCGUAUGAAAUGUGCAGCUGAAAAGUACAACUGACAAAUCACUUUCAUGGAAGCUGCUUCAUUUGUUCGACCCCUAACGUUCGUAGUAUGAUGCCAGCAUAAAUAUAUAUAUAUAUACAUACACAGUAUAUCAGAGGUUCUACUGAAAGUCAAUCCAAAUUUAGAGCUUUUAAGAAAGUUAAGCUAGUUCAACAGUUAGAGAGUUGAUCUCUCUGUGUCCCUGUACAGUCUCACAGUUAUUGCUCAAGUUUGUUCCCACAAAGUUAUGUUCUGUUUAAUCCUUUUGCAUUACA